ACUCCCCGGGACAGUGCAGAGUUUCCGCGAAUCGGACAAGAGGAGAGGACUGCAGGUACAGUCAGAAGAGGACAGCCCGCUUAUUUUAAAGAGAGAAGUUAGCUGCUAUGUUAGUCUGAAGAAAGUACGUGCUGACAAGUCGAUAAAACCGGACACAGAACUUCAUUGGAAUAUUUCAUUCAUUCAGCAGCAGAGAAAGUUUUCCCAGAUGGAAGUUGAAUGUCUGGCACUGAAAGACCUCACAAGUCCCAGGAAAAGUUUCACGGAGGAGGAUGGGGGCCAAAGUGAACAAAAGGAAAACAUCUGCGCUGAGAGGAGGAGGUCCACGCCACUGAAAUCUGCUGAAUCCCCCAUCCCUGUCUUGUGGAUGAACAGAAAGGGGGCUACCCCAGACCUGGUCCACAUCACCCCCAUUAAACACACAGCCCUCGCCGAGCCCUGGACGCCCACGGCCAAUCUCAAGAUGCUGAUCAGUGCGGCGAGUCCAGACAUCCGGGACAGAGAGAUGAAAAAGGGGCUGUUUAGACCCAUCGAGAACGAGAAGAAAGAGCCAGCAAGUCCGGAUACUGUGGUGGAGGAUACUGAAGUGGAAGACUCUUGUCAGUUUGAAGCUGUGGAUGAAGAGGAUGAUGCAGACAAAAAGCCGAGCAGGAAGCAGAAGAGUCUGGGUCUGCUGUGCCAGAAGUUCCUGGCCCUCUACCCUGACUACCCACCGCUGAACAGCCCCAUCUGGAUCUCUCUGGAUGAGGUGGCGACCAGUCUCGGAGUGGAGCGGCGGCGUAUCUAUGACAUUGUCAACGUGCUGGAGUCCCUCAUGAUCGUGGGUCGGAUCGCCAAGAACAGCUACACCUGGUACGGUCGCCUGCGACUGGAGGACACGCUGGAGGAGCUGCAGCGGAGGGGUCGGCAGCAGGGCUACCACAUCCAGAUGGACGUGGCUACUGAGACCAGGGAGGCCGGACCGGGGCGCGAGGACGACGGAGCAGAAGGCGAGGCCGGCAACGCUGGUGGCAACAGGAAAGACAAAUCUCUGCGCAUCAUGAGCCAGAAAUUCGUCAUGCUCUUCCUGGUGUCCAAGACUCAGACGGUUACUCUGGACGCAGCAGCAAAGAUCCUCAUCGAGGAGAGCCAGGACUCGUCCAGUCACAGCAAGUACAAAACUAAGGUGCGGCGGCUGUACGACAUCGCAAAUGUGCUGACCAGCCUGGGCCUCAUAAAGAAGGUCCAUGUCCGUGAGGAGAGAGGCAGGAAGCCGGCCUUCAAGUGGCUCGGCCCUGUUGACUUCAAAAGCUCUGGAAGUGCUGCUGUAGGAAAUACUGUGAACAUGGCUGCUGUCACUCUGCCUGAGGCCACGCAGCCAAUGGCGGGCCUGGACCUCAGAAGAGCCAAGAUGGCGCGCCACGCCUCCUUCAACAUUGCUCCGGCUUCUGUGGCCGUACAGCGGCUGGUCAACUCUGCACCCAGCAGUCCGCGGCUGGACCAUACGGGUCUGCCAACCCAGCCUGUGGAUUAUUCCAAAAAGACCACAACUAACAGCGCAGUGUGUCGACUGCAGUUCGGAAACAGCACUGAUAACCGUCCCGCCAGCAGAAGCGGCAGCCCACGGGCUCCGUCCUCCGCCCGUUCCGCCUCACUGGCACCACCCCUCCACCAAGAGCACUUCUUCUCCACUUCCUCGUCCCCCCACUCCUUUGCCUACCUGCCUAACCUGUCCCAGCCCUCAGUGGUCAUGCUGUACAGAGCGCCGGAAAAGCCUGACCGGACGCCCGAAGGUCCGAGGUCGCCCGCGGCGGAGUCUGGGGAGGGGAGGAAGAGGAGGAGGGAAGAGAGAGAAGAGGAUGGGACGGUGGUGAAAAAGAAGGGGACGUCCGGGUUAGAGAGAUGUGAAGAGGCGAGAGCUGAAACUCACAGGGAGUGUUCUCCAACGGGUCAAACCAGGCCUUCCCCCAGUCGCCCAGCAGGCCUCUCCAGAGAGCGGGGGCUCGAUGAGAGUCUAGGUGGCAGCAGCAGUGAGCCCGCCCAACCAUCGCACUACCUCUAUGUACCCAACAAUGCAGGUCUGAACAGCCUCAACUUCUUCCUCUCUGCCGGCCAGUCACCAGCCGGUCUAGCACUUCCCCGCAGCGUCCCCACCCUGGCGCUGCCCUACGUCCUGGUGCCCUCUGCAGCCCUCUCCCACUACCCCCUGGUGGCCGGCGGCCUGCAGCAGCAGGGCUCAGAGGCCCGUAACAAUCUGAGCUUCAGCCUGCCUGCCAUGAUGUCAGGCGGCCACUUUAUGUUGGGAGCGGCGCAGUAUGGCUUGUCGGCGGCAUCAGAGAUCGGCGGGUCGGCGGCUCCAUCGCCCUCCACUCCGGAACAGAGCAGGCUGUACGGGUCAGUGGCAGGAACUCCACGUUCUCCAUCGGGACCGCGUCACACUGUCAGUAUCCACACACCAGAACCACUGACUCCUCACACUCCGAAGGAAACCGCACCAUCUGCCUCUAAGGCUUUCUUCCAGACCCCAGGAACACUGGGAACUGUAGUCAGCGCUGUGCCGGCGACCCGGAAAAGAGGCUCAGCACAGAGGAGACUGGACGUUGGCCACCCGCCAACCAACCACUUGGACAUGUGAGGAGAUGGAGCGGGUGACUAACAUGCUGUGCUAACACUCAGGUGUUGAUCCUGAGAGUGAAAAUAUGGUUUCAAACCAUUGGUGCUUUGUUAAGUUUAUUAGUUACUAAAUUAAUGGUUUUCCUUCCAAAAAUGCUUGAAUAUAAACUUAAGCAAUACACUGUCGGCGGAGAACUCAAAUGAUAUCUCUUCUAAAAUACAAAACAAUUCAAUAUCUGACAUUUUGCUGAUGGCUGUCAGUUAUUUACCAAACUUCGUUUUUGGUCCUUGUGUCAACAGUCCAAAUGUGCCUCAUGGUUCAUUUAUGAGACACCAGAUUUCAGAGUGAAUAAGUGGAGCAUUAUUGCCAGAGCCACAGUGCCCUCCUGUGGUGGGAGUCGGCCACUGCUUUAUUUUAUAUUCCAGCCUUAAUUCCCCGACCCAGAUGUGAUCAACCUACCUAAUUCCCCAUACCUUGUGUAUUAUAGCCCAAUUGCUAUUUAUAUUUUAGCUAAUAUAUGUUGAUUACAGGGACUGUAAUCAAACAUUAACUGUUUUUUAGCACUAAGUAUCUGACAGAAUGUCUGUCUAAUUUUGAAGUGAUUGUUGUUAGUCGGCCCCUUCAGGUUUUGUUGCAUUAUCAAGGUAUAAUAGAAAUUCUAUUUGGCUGCAGAUCACCAGCUUUUACGUGGACGGUAGCAGACAAUCCCGCUUGGCUCAUUUCAGAAAUUACUGUGAGGAGAGAAAUCACCGAAGCCUUAAAUGUUUACAGCCGACCAAGCAUCUCAAGGAACAGUUCUUGGCUAACUUGAUGCACAGCAGAUGCAUUCAUUUACACGUCAGGAAGAAACAUUAUACUGGUGCUGUGUAUGUUUUCACCGAGCAUCCUCAACUGUUAAACACCAAACCCUGUAGCCGCUGUUACUGACGACUGAGGCACAAUGUGACGAUGCGCUCAGGUACUUGAAUACUUGUGACUUUUAGAAUUUAUCAGAGUACUGUAAAGAUGUUUUUUAUCCUUAAUUUAUAAAAGGGAAAGCCGACUGAGCUUAGCAUCGUUGGCACAGUCCAGACCCAUUCAGGAGACCUCCCAGUGUGAGCACAACCUGCUGUUGGCUGCUGAUGUUGGGGGGUUCAGUGCCUUAUUUAAAGGCACCUUGGCUGAGAUAAGAGAGUUGUGGCCUGAUUACAGAGUCUGAAGUUGUGCAGGGGAUUUGUAUCAACAGCCCUCUCUAGUCAUAAAACCACUAACUUGCCUGCAGACGAACCCAACCCAAAUAUCGGUGCUCUGUGGGGGAAUCAUUCAGGAGAGCUUAGCGGUGUCACACCAAAGGGUUCACAAAUAUUCCACGCUGACCAGUGGAUGUGUAUUCAUUAAUUUACAGUCGUAUAUCUAUUUUUGUACAUUGUAUUCAUAGUUUCAUUUAUACUUCCACACGCAGAAUGUUUAAUGCUGCUUUACUGUGUUUGAAAAUAAUGAUUAUUGCACUGCUAGUUUUAGUAUUUGUGUAUGCUGAUCCAUCUUACAAAACUUGGAGCUGUUCCUUCACUGUAGCUCUCUGCUCUGGCUCUGUAUGGC